UUGAACGAUUAAUUCACCCGCGAGCAAUUAGUUUUAAAAGAGAAGUUGACUAUAAGAAUAAUACAUUGAAGUGAGCGAUAGUGUCUAGUGGGAGACAACGUUUUUAUUUUUGCUAAAGUAUUGAAUAACCGCCUCUUUUCAGACAAAACAAGUUCUCUUAUUUCUAUAACUGAAAUACAGCUCCAAAUGUCUCAUGUAUUGAUAUCCAGACCACAAAAAUUGAAGGUACAGCUUCCACUAACAUAAUGGGAUCCCCGAACAAGUAGAAAGCACACCAGCUGACUUUGACAUCUUUUUUCAAAGAUCUAGAAAAGCGCUUAUUAAAGAAGCAGGUUCAUUUCAAAUAUUGAAAUUGGAUUUCCCUCGCAAAAAAAUCUUGGUAAUCUUUGGAUUAUGAAGUUCAUCAUUGCUUUACUGCUAAUCACGAGAUUUUACAGUCGUGCUUGGGGUCAAGAAGCUUUCGAUGUUCAGAAUCACGAAGGAAACUCCCCUCGCCCAGAAAGGAUUUCAAACUUGGACGGCGAUUACAUCAUCGGGGGUUUGUUCCCUGUACGACUUAGCGAGAAAGAUUUCGACAAAUGUUCUCAAGGUAACGACAAAUACAAAUAUAUGGCUACACUAUCGGGGAGUAUCCAAUGCUAUAAGCUGAACGUUUACGGAAUCAUGUGGGUGGAAGCCAUGUUAUUUGCUAUAAGAGAAAUCAAUGGACGGAAAGACAUUCUACCGGGGAUAAAACUUGGAUACGACAUCAGAGAUACGGCGAAUAACGUUGAUAACGCUAUCAAUUACUCCUUAGAUUUUAUACUGCCAAGGAGUUAUCAAUCAGCAAACUACUCCAAACGCAAUCAAACAAUUAAAGCUAACUGUUCCUGUGAUUUAAAUAACGAAAGGAAAAGAGUUUGUGCCGUUGUUGGAGGCGCAGGAUCGAAGAUUUCUCAAGCGAUAAACUACAUCCUUGGGGUCGAGAACAUCCCACAGAUAAGCUAUUCUUCGACAAGUCCUUCUCUAAGCAAUAAGAUGCAUUUCCCGUCAUUUUUGAGGACGAUUCCUCCUGAUUAUGUUCAAGCUCAAGUCAUGGCUGAUUUAGUUUCGUACUACAAGUGGUCUUACGUCUCUACCAUCGCGACGGAUGAAGAUUACGGUCGCUUAGGAAUCGAAGCGUUUAAAAAGGAAGUCAAAACCAGAAACGUUUGUAUCUCGGUUGACGAGCUUUUCCAUCCGGAUAAUAAUCUACAAACUACAAAAGAUAAAAUAAAAAAUAUCGUUAAAAAGCUGAAGGAGGACAAAAAGGCAAAUGUAGUUGUUUUGUUCUGCGAAGGACCGAAUGCUCUAGCGGUGUUAGAAGAAGCUGAAAGACAGGGACUGUAUAACAAAAUCUGGAUUGGCACCGAGGCCUGGGGAGACAAACCAACCAUCUUACCAUUCAAUAGCUCUACGGUGGGGGGGAUGCUGGGGGUGUUACCCUGGAAAGGAGAUAUUGAGGAKUUCGAAAAACAUAUGGGGAGGUUGACUCCGAUUCAUUCAGGGCAUAAUCCUUGGUUUAAAGAUUAUUGGAAGGGAGAAAUUGGAUGUAAUCAUAACGGAAGUAAGAGUGUUAAUCUUACUACAUGCAAUAAUGAAACUAACCACGGAAAUGUGAAUUGCAAUGUGACGUCAUUUCCGGUCAACGCGACAUGGAAGUGUCCUGGGAACGAGUUACCAACGGCUGCAAGGAUUCAGCUGAAUAAAGCACCAAACGUCAUGGACAGCGUGUAUGCGAUAGCCUGGGCGCUACACAAGAUGUUGAAUUGUACUUCCGGUCCCGCGGGGUCGUGUUCGGGUCAAAAGUCAAAGGUCAUUCCGCGGGAUUUGCUUUCGUAUAUCAGUAAGACAAAUUUCACGGGUACUUUGGGUUAUCCUGUUAAGUUUGACGAACAUGGCGACACUAAGGGGAAUUACUUGAUCAAAAGUCUACAGCCCGACCCAGAAUCUCUUUACGGGAAACGGUUCGUGACGAUAGGAGAAUGGAGCUGGCUUGAGAGCAAACUCCUUAUUCACAACACUAGAACAGUAUGGAGCUCCUGGAAUAAAGCUGCUCCGAUCUCUCGCUGCAGUGCUCCAUGUACCCAGGGAGAGUACCCUGUUCAGGGGGUUACACCGUGCUGCUGGACUUGCGUCACGUGCCCUAAAGGGUACUUCAAGAAUUCUACAGGUCCGGGAGAGUGCAUUCCUUGCACGAAGGGCUAUACUUCAGAUAUCACUCAUUCAACAUGUCUAAAACUGCCUGAGAUCUUUUUACGUUGGGAUGAAACGAUAAGCUUAGUUAUUUUGAGUUUAACUGGAGUGGGUUUGAUUUUGACAGCCUUUGUUUUAUAUGUGUACUUGCGAUUCAGCGACACCGCUGUCGUCAAAGCCUCAACUCGUGAAUUCAGCUUCCUAAUGCUGAUCAUAAUUGCCUUAAUGUUUGCUUCAACGACUUUGUACCUUGGGCGUCCUGUUCAAAUUAUUUGUCAAAUCCGUCCUUUUUACUUUGGUUUUGUCGUCACAUUUUGGACAUCACUCAUGUUGACAAAAACAAAUCGACUUCUUUUAAUCUUUAAGAGCAAACGAAUCCCCGUUGGCGACGGAAUGUUGGGAAUAAGAUUCCAACUCGUCUUAGCUAUCAUUCUUACAGUCGCCAUUCUUGUGACAGCAUUAGUGUGGGUCUUGUUAUUCCCGCCAAAAGUGACGUAUCAUUACCAUGACGACCGAGUCUUGGUCGACUGCGGCGACCAAUCAAACAAAUUGCUUAUAAUUAUCCUGGGAUAUACCGCUGUAUUAGCAGCAACGACGACUUUCUUCGCAUAUAAAGCGCGCAACUUGCCCGAGAACUUCAACGAAACUCGCUACAUUAGUUUUUCAAUGUUUAUUUUUUGUAUUAUUUGGUGUACCUUUAUUCUUCUUUUCUACGGCACUGAUCAAUCUAUCAAGUACAUUUUUCUUUGCUUUUCGCUUCUAAUGACUGGUUUCAGUACGCUGAUCUGCAUGUUUUCCAGUCGCUUGAGGAUUAUUCUAUUUCACCCAGAGAAGAACAGAACAGAAAUUGUACGAGCCAGUAUGUUUACGUAUACUAUGAGGGAUCGCAAUGGAUCGGUUAAUAACACCGCAAGGGACUUACGAAGGACUUCUGUAAUUACUGUAGGGAACUUUAUGUUUAACCAACAAACUUAAUUAAGUCUCCUUUUUUUUGUUGUUCUAUGCUACAAAAAUACUACACUUUUGAAUAGACCUUAUUCGUAUUGGAGAAAUAUUUUGCCAUUACCGAACACGUGUCAUUCCCUAGAGUAUUAUUUCUUUGGUUGAAGAUCUUUAUCUAAGAGAUGCAUGCAAGAAUAUGGAUACAAGUCAAGCAAAGAAUCUUAUUCUCUAGGGAAUGACACGUGGUCUGAAAUGUGAAAAAAAUAUCAGUUCUUUGUUUAACGGUUGCGCACGAGAAGACACAUGAAUAUGGAUACGACUCAAACAGGGAAUCUUAUUUUCUGCAGGUUUGCAGAGGGAGGUUUUCGGUAAACCCAGAGAAAAACCCUCAAAUCAAAGGGAAAACCAAUAUAGACUCUUUUCAAUUGUGAUGCAAAGGUGAGUGUGUGCUGACCAUGCUACAGCAUUCUUGAUUCCUGUUUAAAAAAUUGAAAGCUCCCCACCCCCCACCCCCUCCACCAAGCAGGAAUUUACGUCACGUGUCUAGAGCGAAAACAUGAAUGGCAUGGAAGGUGUAUGAUAGUAAUUAAAACAAGUAAUG